UACCGCCCACUUGCUCCUGCGCUUCUGGCUCCUGGCAGUCCUUGAGAUCCGACCCUGCGAAUGGUUUUGGCGGUCUCUUCAUGUAGGACCUACUCCCCAACCCUGCCCGCUGCGGUGAAUUCCACCUGCGAUGCUUUAACUUGUGCAACAGAGAUUCUUGCCCGGGGAAGAGGCGGGGAAGGACGCGCUAAUCAGAGGGCGGGGGCUCGGGUUGUGAUCUGGUCCUGUACCCCAUCUAUCCACCACGAGAUGGUUGGAGAUCUAGGGAGGGUGAACUUUCCCUCUGAGAUUCUGGUAUAAGGGGAAAGAUACGUGUUGAGUCUAUAAAGCUGUGCAGAUGGCACAGCCGAGAAGAGAGAAUUGGGGAAACGAGGAAGGUUCCAUGAGAUGACUUGAACUGCGGAAACGUUUGGCAGAGGAAAAGGGCUUCAGUUUUAAUGUGAGAUCACUGGAAGUUGAGGCUGGGCUUCAUCACCAGGCCUCCUCGCCAACUCCUAUCUCUUCUGUGUACCGGAUACCGAUUACCUCGAAUCCCCGUACUUUGUACUCAGCCCAGGCCCAGAGCCAUGGCAGCGUCAUCAUCAACUAACUGGGAGCUGCCCCUGGUGGCUGUGUGCCAGGUAACAUCAACACCAAACAAGCAAGAGAACUUUAAAACCUGCGCUGAGCUGAUUCGAGAGUCUGCCAGAUUGGGUGCUUGCCUAGCCUUUCUGCCUGAGGCAUUUGACUUUAUUGCACGAAAUCCUGCUGAGACAUUACUCCUGUCCGAGCCUCUGAAUGGGGACCUUUUGGGACAAUAUAGCCAGCUUGCCAGGGAAUGUGGAAUCUGGCUGUCCUUGGGUGGUUUCCACGAGCGUGGCCAAGACUGGGAGCAGAAUCAGAAAAUCUACAAUUGUCACCUGCUUCUGAACAGCCAGGGGUCAAUAGUGGCCAGUUACAGGAAGACACAUCUAUGUGAUGUAGAGAUCCCAGGUCAGGGGCCUAUGAGAGAAAGCAACUAUACCAUGCCUGGACUUGCUCUUGAACCACCUGUCAGGACACCGGCAGGCAAGGUUGGUCUAGCAAUCUGUUAUGACAUGCGGUUCCCUGAACUUUCUCUGAAAUUGGCUCAAGCUGGGGCAGAAAUACUUACUUAUCCUUCAGCCUUUGGAUCUGUUACGGGCCCAGCCCACUGGGAGGUCUUGCUGCGGGCCCGCGCCAUUGAAUCUCAGUGCUAUGUAAUAGCAGCAGCGCAGUGUGGACGCCACCAUGAAACAAGAGCAAGUUAUGGCCACAGCAUGGUGGUUGACCCCUGGGGCACAGUGGUGGCCUGCUGCUCCGAGGGACCAGGCCUCUGCCUUGCUCGAAUUGAUCUCCACUUUCUACAGCAGAUGCGCCAACACCUGCCUGUGUUCCAGCAUCGCAGACCUGACCUCUACGGCAGUCUGGGUCAUGCACUCUCUUAAUGCUUCUAACUUGUGUUGGUUAAGACACACAAACAUGUGCCAACUGUGAGGUGAUGCUGCUGUGACUUGUAGGCAGGAUCCAAGCACAGUUCCCUUCACUUGCAGAAUUUUAAACUCUCUUAAUGGAACACACGCUCAAUCAAGUCCAUGGGAAAGAAGAGACUUUGACCUGACCUCAGAUUUCAGCUUCAGAAAAGUGGAAUUUUAUAUAGUCACUGUUUAUUUCAUGAAAACUGAAGUUACGCUGAGGGCUGAGCAGCACUGGCAUUGAAAAAAAAAUAUAAUAAUCAUAA